AUGAACAAUGACGAUAUCAGGGCAGCGGAAGAGAUUGUACGACAGAUUACAGCAUUAAAGCCGCGUGUGGAUGGUUCAAGAGGUAUUAUGGCUUAUGUGGACGCUGGACAGGAGAAACCUCAAGUUGAGAAGCGAACGGAUGUGAAUAAAACGUUUUUGGCCAGCACAAUUCGCAGUGUGAAGCUGCAUAAUCAACGACAAGAAGAAGAUAAAUGCUGGACAUUGCAUCAUCUAGAGGAAAAGAUGGACGUGUCGAGACAUUGGCAUGGAAGCAGGAGCAGGAGUCGUAGCAGCAGACGGUGGGAGGAACGCGAGGUCUCUAGACGAAGUAAUCAAGGUUGCGAUUGCAGCAAUGUUCAUGAGUUUGAUGACAAGAAGAGAGAGAUGCAAGAUGAACGCAACUACUGGGCACAAAAGAAAGCUGGAAAGGUCCGUAAACUAUGGGAAAAUCUGCAUGCGGAAGGAACCGUGUCUGUGGAAAAUGCACCCGACUUUAGUGAAGAGGAAUCCGACGACGAUGAUGUCAAGCCCAUCGAAGCCAAGGUGUUGCCGUCACCCGAGGACAAGAAGAAGAAGCAUAAGAAGCAUAAGAAACACAAGAAGGACAAGAAACACAAGAAAUAA